CCCCAUAUAUAAAAUCCAACACAAUUCGAUUGGCUUCCUCUUUCUCUUUCUCCAACAUCUCGACACGGAGAUUCACCUAACGCGCCGCUCCUCGGCUCGACCGUUGUGCGGCAAUCUUUGCUCUGAUCCCACCUGAGCCCUCUCCUCUGCACACCGAAGAAGGGAGCUUUAGCUCGGACCAAUCUGCGAUCUGUCUCCUGCUCGGGAUCGAUUUCAAGUUCUGAUCUUGAAUCUUCUUGGGGGUGAAAGAUCGGAUUUUGAAGCAGGCCCAGAAGAUGGAAUCGUCCCAGAGGAGGAAGAGUGGGAUUAACCUCCCCGCAGGGAUGUCGGGAACCUCUCUCCGUCUCGAUAGCAUCUCGAGCCCUGUUCGGGCCUCGCCGAGCCUGCCGAGCCCUGUUCGGUCCUUGUCAAGCCUUUACUCCCCGUCCAAGUCUUCCUCAUCGUGCAGCGAUAGGUUCAUCCCGUGCAGAUCCUCGUCGAGGCUUCACACCUUCGGCCUUGAGGAGAAGCAGUCGCCGGGCAAACAAGGGGGAAACGAAGCGUACUCUAGGAUGCUUAAGGCGGAACUUUUUGGGGCUGAUUUUGCGUGUUCUUCUCCUGCAGGUCAGGGGUCUCCCAUGAGUCCCAACAUGCUGAGGUUCAAGACUGACAGCUCGGGCCCAAAUUCACCGUAUUCACCUUCCAUUCUGGGACAGGAUAGCGGAUUCUCAAACGAGGCUUCGACUCCUCCCAAGCCACCGAGGAAAGUGCCCAAGACACCUCAUAAGGUUUUGGAUGCCCCGUCGCUACAAGACGACUUCUAUUUAAACCUCGUGGACUGGUCAUCGCAGAAUGUACUGGCGGUCGGGUUGGGAACCUCUGUCUAUCUCUGGAGUGCAUCAAAUAGUAAAGUGACGAAGCUAUGCGAUUUGGGACCUAACGAUGGUGUUUGCUCGGUCCAGUGGACCCGGGAAGGUUCCUGCAUAUCAGUUGGAACAAAUUUAGGUCAAGUCCAGAUUUGGGAUGGAACUCGGUGCAAGAAAAUCCGAACAAUGGGCGGGCAUCAAACCAGAACUGGUGUCUUAGCAUGGAAUUCACGGAUACUGUCCUCUGGUAGCAGAGACCGAGCUAUCCUGCACCACGAUCUUCGAGUACCAAACGACUGUGUCGGCAAGCUUGUUGGGCAUAAAUCGGAGGUGUGUGGGUUAAAAUGGUCUCAUGAUGAUCGCGAGCUGGCCUCUGGAGGAAAUGACAAUCAGCUGUUAGUGUGGAACCAGCAUUCUCAGCAGCCUGCACUGAGAUUGACGGAGCAUACAGCAGCUGUCAAGGCCAUUGCGUGGUCCCCGCAUCAGACUGGCCUCCUGGCCUCAGGAGGUGGGACUGCUGAUCGGUGCAUACGGUUCUGGAACACUACCAAUGGGCAUCAACUGAGCAGUGUUGACACUGGAAGUCAGGUUUGCAAUCUGAUGUGGAGUAAGAACGUGAAUGAGCUCGUCAGCACUCACGGUUAUUCCCAGAAUCAGAUAAUGGUGUGGAAGUACCCAUCGAUGGCAAAGGUUGCAACUCUAACUGGGCAUAGUCUUCGAGUUCUCUAUCUUGCCAUGUCUCCUGAUGGUCAGACAAUAGUGACUGGAGCAGGGGAUGAGACUUUGAGGUUCUGGAAUGUUUUUCCGUCAGUUAAAACUCCGGCACCGGUCAAGGAUACAGGGCUGUGGUCAUUGGGGCGAACACAGAUUCGAUAAAGCUACAACACAUGCCAGAAGUCUUAAUUCUGGGUUGAUUAAGUGUGCAUAUAGAGUAAUAAACAUUGUAAAUGAGGCAUUGUUUCCAAUACUCGGCAUGAUUUUUGCAGUCUUAAGGCAUUUUCUGAUUUUGUAAUUAGUACCAUGUAUUUCAAUGAAAGAUAUUUUGAUGUUCUCA